UGUGUGUGCUCCUUUUGGGGUUUCUUGUGCAAAGGGAAAACUCAUAUUUAGUUGCAAAGAGUCAUCUUAGAUCGAUUUUUCUCCACUCGGCGAAGCUGCGAUCACGUCGUCUCCCGUUUUCGACUCAAUCUGAAAAAUGAACUCGAUAGAUGCAACUAUCGCGGAAAAAGGUUUAAUGAGCUCUGAAAUGGGAUCUGAAAGGACACUGUACCCGUAUGUCACUGGAACCUCGGUAAUAGGCAUCAAGUACAAAGACGGAAUUCUCAUGGCUGCCGAUAUGGGAGGUUCCUAUGGAUCUACCCUCCGUUACAAGAGUGUGGAGCGUUUGAAACCCAUUGGAAAACAUUCCCUUAUUGGUGCAAGUGGAGAAAUAAGUGAUUUCCAAGAGAUCUUACGUUAUCUUGAUGAGCUUAUCUUGUAUGAUAAUAUGUGGGAUGAUGGGAACUCUUUGGGCCCUAAGGAGGUGCACAAUUAUUUGACUCGGGUUAUGUACAAUAGGCGCAACAAAUUUAAUCCUUUAUGGAACUCUCUUGUUCUUGGUGGAGUAAAAAAUGGACAGAAGUAUCUUGGCACGGUGAGUAUGAUUGGUGUACAUUUUGAGGACAAUCAUAUAGCAACUGGAUUUGGGAAUCACCUUGCAAGGCCAAUCCUCCGUAAAGAAUGGCAUGAAAACUUGAGUUUUGAAGAUGGUGUUAAAUUGCUAGAGAAAUGCAUGCGUGUUCUCUUGUAUCGUGAUAGAUCUGCUGUUAACAAGCUUCAGAUAGCAAAGAUCACUGAAGAAGGGGUGACUAUUUCUCAGCCUUAUUCACUGAAGACUUUCUGGGGUUUCUCUGCUUUCCAGAAUCCAACAAAGGGUGCUGAAGGAUCAUGGUAACUCUGGCUAGAUACCUAGUGCUUUGAAAACGUGAUGUACCUUAGUUUCCGUUUAGCCUAGAGAUCAUGGAUUACUUCACGUUGAUUCUCAGCUUCUGAAGAAAUGCUUUUAAUAUGUGUUUGGGACUCCUGGGGUUACUUUUAUGAAUAUUGAACUCUCUAUUGAGGCAUAACAAAAAGAAGUAAAGACUAAAUUCCAUCAUUCUUGUUUUGUUUUUUUUUGGUAACUAUCAAUUCUUGUUA